AUGCCUCCAUCUUUCACUGCCAUUCUGACGGCCAUUGGCGUCUCUGCCCUCUUCAUGGCUAACACAGCCAAUGCGAAUGGCUGCUACUCCGGUGGUGAGACAUUCAGCCAGGUAGCCUCCCACGACGACAUUUUCAACGCAAUGGAUAGCGUUUGCAAUGGGUUCGCGGGAACAUUCACUUCAGGCGAAGAGAAAGCCGCCUGCAGCACUUUUUCGGGAAAUCGUAUCAAUUGGGCUGUGAAGAACAAUGACGGGAGCUCUCAGACACUGGCUGCAUCUGAUUGCAUUGCUGCGAUGACGAUUGAGAUCAAUGCCUGCUCCCAUGGAAGUGAGCAGGACCAUGGUGACUUCCACUAUAUCGAUGACCCGAACGCGGGUUCUUGCUAG